AUGCCUGAAGUGGAAGCUCAUCCAGUUCUUCCCAAGAUGAUUGGUGGAACGAUCACUACACCCUCCCCAAACCUUCCGGACUCUACUCCUUAUCCCCGUCGUGACUGGGUCGUCAUCGAAAAGCUGAGUGAGCAUCCACGCCCGGUUACCCCCAAAGAUUUUGACGAUGGAAUGGGCCCCGCAUACACCGCUGGAAAACAUUUUUGUCGCCUUGCAGGUUCCAGAGGCCAUAGCAAGCUUGCCUUCAUGCGCAUCUACAAACAAAUUCCUCUGGUUAGCACUGAACUUGACAACUUGAGCGUUCGCAAGGCACAGGCCUCCAGACCACGAUACCACGUGGAGUUCCAUGCCUUAAAGCAUCUUACAAAGAACAGGUGUACUACUACCCCCAAACUCCUUGGAUGUCAAAUCGACAAGCAAGACGAGAACGACCUUGUCCCCGACGGAUAUAUCAUCCACCUUGUAUGGGAAAAGGUCCGAGGAUAUUAUCCUCCUGAGAUUGAGUUCUGGAGCCUUCCCUACAGCCGACGAGAAAGCAUCCGCAGGAAGUUCAAAAUGGCCUACACAUUUGUUACUGAACAGUUUGAUUAUGGCCACCUGACUAGACCUAGGGCAGGUUUGAGGUUUGGGUACGAGCUAAGCCGGACGACCGCAUCAAAGAUCAUCCUCAACAAGACCACAGAUGAUGUAAAAGUCUCCGGUUUCAGGCAGGCUAACCGUAUCUCCCCAGACACGAAAUGGGACGACUACAACUUUGUGAGAUUUUUGCUAGUUCUCAACUCCCCGGUCUGGUACAAGUACCUUUCCAUCAAGGCGAAGUCAAAAGUGAACAAAACAAUCGCUGGAAGUGGUGAGAAGGAGGAUUGA